AUGAAUGAUGAUACACUAGCUAAGUCUGAGAAGCCGGGGGACUUAGAGGAGAAGAGUGCAGAAGUAGAGCAAUUAUCUAAGUAUAAAAAUGCUACUGCCAUGGAGUAUGGAAAAGGAAAGAAGGUAGAUGCCUCCCCAACAAGAAUUCUAAGGCCACCACCUCCCAUUUCAUAUAGGUUAAAGAAAAAAACUGGUGAGGGCAAGUUUUGCAAAUUUAUCGAUAUGCUGAAGCAGUUGUCAAUGAAUAUGCCUUUGGUUGAGGUGUUAGAGACGAUUCUAGGAUACACUAAAUUCAUGAAGGACCUUGUGACAAAGAAGACAGGAGUUAGCUAUGAGCUCGUGGAAAAUCUUUAUCAUUGUAGUGCCAUUGAUUCUAGAUCAUUAGUGCAGAAAAAAGAUAAUCUGGGAGCAUUCACUGUCCUAUGUAUGAUUGAAGCAUUUAGCUUAUCAAAAGCACUUUGUUAUCUAGGUGCACUGGACUUUGAAGUGCACAUAAUCUUGGGUAGACCAUCUUUAGGAGCUGAAAGAGUAGUGGUUGAUAUGGAAGAGAAAGAGCUAAAAUUUAGUCUCAAUGAUGAAAAAGUUAGCUUUGACAUUUCUAAUAUAUGA